UAAGGCUUACGGCGUUUGUUUUUCAUUAGCGUAAACUGCUAACUUUUUCUGUCGUGAAUCAAUGUGCUUAGAUUAGCACAUUGAUUUUGUCUUUCCUAUUCGUAUGAUAUGUAUUACCUAUAAAUUAUCAGUAAAUGAACAUUUACAGGAUUGCCAUUUGUCCAUUUACACACUAAAGUACGCAACAGCGGAUCACGUGUUUGCAGCAGUCAUGAUGACCCAGAAGCACUGCCUGGAGGGUCAGGUUUACUCAGUGCCUCUCAUCCAGCCAGACCUGAGGAGAGAGGAGGCUGUUAAUCAGAUAGCAAAUGCAUUAUUCUACCUGGAGACCAUUUCUACAGAUAUUUUCAGGAGGGUGUCAGAGAGUGUAGAGAAAAACCGCCGGCAUAUGCAGAGUGUCACUGACCGGAUCCGACUAGUUCAGGCGCGCAUUGACAGGAUCAAGGGCAGUAAAAAGGCCACCAAGGUUUUCUCCAGUGCCAAGUACCCAGCUCCAGACAGACUCCAGGACUACUCGUCUAUCUUCACUGGAGCGGCUGACCCUUCACUACAAGCCCGUCCUCGACAGAGGAUCCAGAACAAACUUCGGCCCUUUGACGAGAAAACCUUACAGGAGAAGUUGGUCUACUUCCCGGUGUGCGUGGGCAAUAAGAAGAAGUCUGAGGACGAAACAGAGGAAGGGCUGGGCAGUCUGCCACGCAACAUCUCCUCCGUCAGCUCGCUGUUGCUUUUUAAUACCACAGAGAACCUAUAUAAGAAGUAUGUAUUCCUCGAUCCUCUGGCGGGAGCUGUGACAAAGACACACACAACGAUAGAAACUGAAAAAGCAGAGAAGCCUUUCGAUGCUCCUUUGUCCAUCACCAAGAGAGAGCAGCUGGAGAGAUUGACAGCAGAAAACUAUUUCUAUGUACCAGACCUGGGUCAGGUGCCCGAAAUUGACGUCCCAUCCUACUUGCCAGACCUGCCGGGCAUCGCAGAUGACUUGUCUUACAGUGCCGACCUGGGGCCCGGUUUUGCCCCAUCAGGACCCAUACACAUCAUGCCUGAGCUGCCGUCCUUCUCAGAGGAGAGCAGCGCAGAAGGUUUUCAACCCAGUGUUCCUCCUCCUCCGCCACCACCUCCUCUUGAAUCUGCACAAACCACUCCAGCUGGACUGCCUCCUCCACCACCCCCUCCUCCUCCACCACCACCACCACCUCCUCCUCCUCCUCCUGCAGAAACGUCCACAGACGGCUCCAGAGUUCCUAACUCAGGUCCUGUGUCCGGUGCCCCCAGCGAGGUGGUUGAGCCUUCAGACAGCCGGGCCAGCCUCCUGGAGUCCAUCCGCAACGCCGGAGGCAUCGGCAAAGCCAAGUUACGCAAUGUCAAAGAGCGAAAGAUGGAGAAGAAGAAACAGAAGGAGCAGGAGCAAGUCAGAGCAGCAUCAAGUGGUGGUGACUUCAUGUCUGAUCUCUUCAACAAGCUUGCCAUGCGCAGGAAAGGUAUUUCUGGCAAGGUUCCAUCAGGUGGACAGUCAAAUGAUGCUCCCACCGGAGCCGGAGGAGCCUUUGCAAGAAUGUCGGACGUCAUCCCACCACUUCCAUCCCCACAUACAGCAGCAGACGAUGACGACUGGGAGGUGUGACAUUGUGGGUAGCAAAGAUUUAAUGCACUGACAAAAGCAUUUGAUAGUUGUGAAUGUACCAAACUAGAAAUAUUACAUAACACGUUUGUACGUGCA